AUGUUUGACAGGUCCCUCGCCAGUUGCCUUUUCUGCAAGAUCAUCAAGGGUGAUAUCCCUAGCUUCAAGCUGGUAGAGACGGAGAAAGUGUUCUCAUUCCUCGAUAUCGGUCCUCUUUCCAAAGGCCACGCGCUCGUCAUUCCCAAAUAUCACGCGGAGAAGUUCCACCAGCUUCCUGAUGAGGACCUCGCGGACCUCCUCCCGACCGCGAAGAAGAUUGCGCUUGCUCUGGGUGCCGAGAACUACAACAUUCUUCAGAACAACGGACGUAUAGCCCAUCAGGAAGUUGACCACGUUCACUUCCACAUCAUUCCCAAACCCUCCGCCACGGACUCGGAGGGCCUCGUGGUUGGUUGGCCUGCCCAGAAACCUUCCAUGGACGAGCUGAAGAAGUUUCACGAGGAGCUCAUUUCGAAGCUAUGA